AUGGGAAACACCUUAGGAAAAAGCAAAAAAGCAAAGAUUAUGAAGAUAGAUGGAGAAACCUUCAAAGUGAAAACUCCAACCACAUCAAACGACGUCGUCAAAGACUAUCCCAACCACGUCCUCCUCGAUUCUCAAGCGGUAAAACACUUCGGGCUUCGGGCCAAACCCUUAGAGCCCAACCAAGAACUCAAGCCCAAAAAAAUCUACUUCCUCGUAGAAUUACCCAAAAUAAAGCCCGAGGAAGAUAAACCGGCACUACCGAGGAGAGCCCGAUCUAGUGGAAUAAAGAACAUGAAUGCUAAGGAUAGACUCGAGUUGUUAAUGCUAUCAAAACGCUCCGUUUCGGAUAUUUCGUCGGUGAAACCGGGCUUGGGCUUAGACGGGCCCAUGAGGUUGAAGAUGAGGCUUCCGAAAGCCCAGUUGGAGAAGUUGAUGGAAGAGAGUAAUGAUAAGGCUGAAGUGGCGGAGAAGAUUAUGAGUUUGUAUAUGGAAAAAACGAGUGGCGGCGGCGGCGGCGGUGGUGGUGAUGGUGCGGUGGAGCAUGACGGUGUCGUUUUGAGUCAAAAUCGUAAACCACGUGGGAAACGAGUGAGUUUUAGCCCAAUGGAAUUUGAAGAAAGUCACAUUGAAGCAGCUUCUCAAUAG